CUCUCAUCGUCAAAACCUCUCUUCCCCUGCUUUCCUUCCUACUCCCUCUCUUCAUCCAACCGCCCACCACCACCCACCUCGUCAUAUCAUGCGCCGCGCCGCCGUCGAGACAUGCCAGAGCCAUUGAUUUAUCCUCUCCCGUCUCUGUCUCUGUCUCUGUCUCCGUCUCGACUCGCAACCCUCCACGUCUUCCCCGACGCUUCCUCCUCUCUCUUCGUCUAGUCCUCCAUCCCGACAAAGACGGACCUGACGACUUGGACCGUAUAGUCAGGAGCGACGCAUCGUCCCUAAUUUCCGAUCUUUGCUUCUGGUACUCGUCGAUCUUCACCAUCGACAGCGACAACGUCGACCCCCGUCAAUUGCACGCCUAGCGAAAGUACGAUACCCCCCAAACCUCGACGAUCCAUACGAACGAACGGCCGCAUUGAUUCGACUUUUGCGUUGUUUUUUCUUUCAUCGGAAAACAAUGUGCUGAGGCUUUGCUCGGCCUGUUCUGUUUUUCUUUCUUUCAAUCCAACAACCGAACGAUCCAGGGACUCGAUAAUAUCGCCAUCCUGCCGCUGAUACCCCCCACGAACAACCAGGAGAAACUAGAGACAAAAUAACGACAUUGCUCAGAAUAGUAGCAGUAGCCGUGUUAACACCCCCCGUCACAUCCACUCCCACAUUCAGCUACGUCCAGCCUCCCGACGUCUCGAACCCCGGCCGACCGACCAUGCCCACCUACCUCACCCGCGAGAACGCCCCCGUCUACUCGCCAAAUUCCGACUUUCUGGACCUCGACCCAAAUAACACGCUUGAUCUGUCUGGCCACAAGCACCCGAUUGACGGGCUCUCCCAUACUUUACCACUUCGCCCAUCGCGCUCAAACAACCUCCAUGAUAGCUUCGACGAAAGCUCAACCUCAUCAACCCACGCCUCAGACGUCUCUGAUUCCAUCCCCAAUCAGAUGAAUGGGACGAGGCCGACUAGCAUGAGCUCGUUGCCCAACGGCUCGGCAGGGGCCGGAGGAGGCGCAGACUUUGAUUAUCACGACCACGACUCUCAUCACCACGACCAGUACAACGAUUACAAGAAUCAAAAACACCCGCUACAAAAUGGACACACCGUCACCAUGCCCGACCGGACAGCUCCGCCGCCGCCCAUCACUAUCAUCAAGAAGCCUUCUUCCGAUACCGAGCAAUCCAGCCCGACGGAUAACUACCUCACGCCGCCAUCAAUUGGAUCGCCUGCGGCCGGAUCCAUCGAUCAUACCAUAAAAACAAACGGGACUAGCAGUCCCAACUACGCACCUCCAGCAAUACCAUCGCAAGGUAGACUUGCCAAUGGCCACACAACGCCCGUGCCAGCACCUAGCAACGCAUCGCUGUCCCCAGAUCCCACCGCCAACAACCAACCGGCAUCACCGCAACGCUUCUCUUCUCCGCCUCUUUAUCAAUCCGGUGGUGCUACCCCUAACGGAUCGACAUCGACGGGUCUGCAGCCGCCAAAUGGCGGACUGAAGCAUCGACAUACGCUCGAGGUUCCCGGCACCCAAUCCAACCGCGCUUCCAAAGAUGGCUCCGACACGGGCUUCUCCAGCGGUCGCUUCUCUCCCACAAGCACCACGCAAAGAGUGCGUAGGGCCUCCCUUAACCUGGUGCGGAGAGAUACUCGCUCCAUGCAGUCCGAUGUACCGCGUGACGAGGUGGUGCCCGACGAGGAAGCCCUGCGCUGGGCCGAACAUUAUCGACAGAAGCGGGCGAGUAAGAGGAAGAGAAAGGAAGAGGAGGAUGACGAUAGAGUCUUGGUCGGCACAAAGGUCGACGAACAUCACACCAACUGGGUCACGGCCUACAACAUGUUGACGGGCAUCCGUGUCUCCGUGUCCCGCACGAACGCGAAGCUCGACCGGCCCCUUACCGAUGCUGACUUUGAGGCAAAGCAGAAGUCGACUUUUGACAUUGCCGGAAACGAGUUGGUGCCCUCGGCGAAGUACGAUUUCAAAUUUAAGGAUUAUGCGCCGUGGGUAUUCCGACAUCUACGCGGCCUAUUUCGCUUGGAUCCCGCAGACUACCUCAUGUCUUUGACGGGCAAGUAUAUCCUGUCCGAACUGGGCUCCCCUGGAAAGAGUGGUAGCUUCUUCUACUUCUCCAGAGACUACAAGUACAUCAUCAAGACGAUCCACCACGCCGAGCACAAGUUCCUCCGCAAGGUCCUCAAGGACUACUACCAUCACGUCACCGAGAACCCGAAUACGCUGCUCUCUCAAUUCUACGGUCUCCACCGUGUCAAGAUGCCCUACGGAAAGAAGAUUCACUUCGUAGUAAUGAACAAUCUGUUCCCUCCCCACCGGGACAUCCACACCACUUUCGACUUGAAGGGAUCUACGAUUGGUCGCGACUAUAAGGAAGAGGACCUGGACAAGAACCCUCGGGCGACGCUGAAGGAUCUCAACUGGAUGCGCAGACAACGAAACCUCGAGCUCGGCAUCCAGAAGAAAAAGCUUUUCUUGGAGCAGCUGCAAAAGGAUGUGGUCUUGAUGAAGAAGCUCAAAAUCAUGGACUACUCUCUGUUGAUCGGUAUCCACGAUUUACAGCGAGGAAACGAGGAGAAUCUUCGAGGAAAGACUCUUCAGGUCUUCAACCCCGGCGGCGAGCAAGAAGAUGGUGAGCCGCCAUCCGUUCUCUUGCGAACACCCUCCAAACUGGAGAACGCUCGCAAGGCGCGGGAGCUGCGCAACAUGAUCAGGCACGAACGGCCAGUGCCCAUGGGACAGACUGCAGCUCAAAUGCCAGACGAGCUUGAUGAGGGACACAGCAGGUCGGGAUACAUCUUCAAUCAGGAUGAUGGUGGGUUCCAGGCGACCCAUGAGGACAACUCUCCAGCCGACGAGAUCUACUACCUGGGUGUCAUCGACUGCCUCACUCACUACGGAAUGAUCAAAAAGAUUGAGCACUUCUGGAAGGGACUGACAAGCGACAAGACCAAGAUCUCCGCUCUUCCCCCUGAACAGUACGGCGACCGAUUCUACAACUUCGUCGAGGGCAUCACGAUGUCCCCUGAAGAGGCGACUAGGGAGAAGCAGCGGAAGGACCAGGAGCAGAUCGAGGCAGCUGCGGCUGCGGAGAGACAGCGUGUUGCCAGCUGGAGCUCGAGUAUGCGCCGGAGGUCGGGGACAAACAACAUUCCGCCAAUGCCCGACUACCGACCUCCGCCAACCCCGCCUAGCGCUCCAAUGUCACCCGAAGCACGCGAAACCGUCGAGCGAGCCCAGCAAGAUGCCCGAAGAUCCGAGAGACACGGGGCUUCCGAGCUCAACGUUCCAGAUGUCGUCCUGUCGACAACCAAAAUGAACGAACGGCGAGAAUCUGGUGGCCAAGGGGCUCCUAUCCUGCCUGUAGUUGAAGAGGCAGGAGAGGCUUCAUCGCUAGGCGGCAGAAGCAGAGACGGGGCAGCGAGUCGUGAUGGGGAUGAUCACCGACCGGCUACCCCAGCGAAGCCUGGUAUGGAGAGCAGAUUCGCCGGACUCAGGGACUAUGCGCCGCCGACACCGCCAAAGGGACAUCAUCUCAAGCCCGAAAGUCAAGACAGCGGCUACGGGGCGCUGCCCAACGGAAACGGUUCGACGAUGAGCAGAGAGGACUCGCUUAACAUCAAGCCUCGCCUUAGCAAGGACUCGCUGGAUAAAGCCUUGCCGCCGCUGCCCAAGGAGGCCGGCGGACAGAGCAGCUUCCGCAUGGGCCUUGCCUAGGGCGCAAGCCGCCUCUUGCGGAACAACAGCGGACGGAUCAGUGUCGUUAGGAGUACGAGCGGGAGCAAUGACGAAGCAGGGGACGACACGCGACGGGAAGAGAAGGGUGGAUGAAGCAUGAGCAGCAGAGAGGGAGAGAGACAGAGACGGGUCGACAAAUCAACAAUUGCAUCAACGGGGUCAAUGACAAAUUCUGCAAGCUCGUUCGACAAGGUCUCACAGCGACCGAGGCAACAGAGAGCCGAGACGAGCCACAGAGCUUUUUACUAGUGUUUUCUCUCAUGGAUGAUACCACCAUUGCAUUGAGCAUGCUUCUUCCUUUUUUUUUAUUCAAACUUUUUCAUUUCUCUCUUCCCACCUUUUUCCUUGGGUUUUCUUAUCAAACCUCUUUUUUUGUGUUUUUGUGUUUUUCGCCCAUACAGAAACUCUCUCAUACAUAAAGGUCAUCACGUAAAAGAUCAUUGUUUUCCGCCCUAGGUGAUGACCCAAUACUGCUGGGAAUCAAAGGCAAAAGGGAGAAAAAAAGAAAUAGGAGUCGUGGGAUGGGAUUGGUGGAAAACUUCAUAGCGAUAUUCAAGAGGGCGCUUUUUAUUCCCUUCCCAUAAUAUGGAUGGGGUUGGGUGCGUCUAGGUAGCACAAAUAGAAGAGUCGGUUCUCAAUCGUGUUGAAGACAAGUCUGCAUUGUGACGUGUUUCUCAUUAAAGCAGAUGCCUGGGCGUUGAGAUUUAGCCUAGCUUGACGCUGAUUGAUGGC